AACACGGAUCACCAUUGGUGUAGCUCUGCCUCGUUGGAGAGCGCUGAAAGAAAAGCAGGGACUGAGGGCAGACACGGAUGUGGCGUUGCUGCUCCUGGACAGUUUACUAAAGUUUAACUAAUACAAUCGCAACAGCAGAGCGACAUGUUGCUAUCGGCUCGGCUACUCUUCAUCCUCCUCUUCUUCGUCAUCACUAAUGAUGCAUCAUAGUGCAUCGAGAGAUGUAUCUUUCCACCUGAGCCCUACAAAUCUCCGAGUACUUCGUUUCCCAGAAUGCAGAGCGACAACGUCAGCGGUUACGUUCACCAAUUGCUGGAGCAGACUGUUGGUUACUGUACACUACACUUAGAAAUGGUGGCAGUCGCCAGUCUAUAUAAUACAUCCAUGAUAAAUCAUCGUUUAUGUUACACUGUGGUUAGUUAGUAUUGGUGUAACGAUGCCGGGGAUGUGCUCUGUGCCGGGCUGUAAGGGCUACAAGAAGGCGAGGUCCCGGGGAGUCGUCUUCCACUCUCUGCCUACAAGAGACUCGGAGCGAUGCAGAAAGUGGUUAAAGGCCAUACAGAGCCCCAAAUUUGAUGAAAGCACACCCGUAAGUAAAUACGGCAAUAUAAGAGUCUGCAGCCAGCAUUUCAAACUGGAAGAUUACGAACCGGACAUACAAGCAGAACUUAUGAAAACAACGCCCCGAAAGAUCCUCAAGUCCAACGUUAUUCCAACUAUUUUUACUGGAAGACAGCAAGACGACCUCAGCUCAUCUGUGCCAGCAGAGGACCAGAGCCGCACACAGGCGAAGUCUCCCAGUACACCUGCUACAGCCUCUACCUCAGUGAUUUCAGAUUCCAGCGUGUUGCGAUGGGCCUCUAUGUCAACUUCAAUUGCCUCAGGAGCUCCAACCACCUCAUCCCAGCCCCCUCCUCCAGCUCAACUCAGUGAAGGUUUGUGCAGUGUUGCAUCUGCUGCAUUCUGCCGAGAGACUGAGUUAAACUCGACCGCAACAUCAAAAUCGGACGAGAACGCGGAAGAGUCGAGUCAGUCGAAGACUAUUGUGAAUGACAGCUGUUUGAUGGAGCUGUUUAAGAAGUGUCAGACAUGUGGACAGCCCAUUACCAAAAAGAAGGUGUCUCACUGCGGUGCACAGAAGAAGGUAAGAUGGAGCUGCCUUGGCGGACACAGGGGCACAUGGAUGUCAUCACCUCACCUUUGGGAAGCGUUUCCUGAAAUCCACCUCCUCGCAACUCUCUCCGUUCUUUUUUCUGGAGGAACUUUUACACACUUUAAAAAAUGGGCCAAACAUCUGCAUCUGAAUUUCAUGGGGCAUGAAACCUUUUUAGAAAUCCAAAAGGCAUACCUCAACCCAGAAAUGCAACAAUCAAACAGGACUGAAAAAGAAGGGAUCUUUGCAAAGGGCGUCCACCAACUGCCUGAUGGCACUGUUCUUCACAUUUCAGAUCCUCUGAAGAAAAUUAAGUCCAAGUCACAGAGAAGAGAGAAGGGAGCUCUAUCGUCAAGGUCCAGUUAUGAAAAUAGAUCCUCGAUAUUGAUGAGCUCUACUGGAACGUGUAUGCAUGAGCCAACUGCACUAUCAAUUCUUGGGCGUGUAUCUGCCUCUGAAAGAGGUAAACAGCACCCGCUGGAUGAUGUUGAACAUCAGAGUGAAACCACACAUAUGGCGUCAGAGGUGGACUGUCUCCAGGACAGUUUUGAGAUGGAGGUCACCAUUGACGACGAUGACUGCAGUGUGAACAGACUAUCUGACUUGGAUAGUGAUUUGGAAAAUGUCAUAGAAACAGCUGAGCUGAGUUCUCCUGGAGCUGAUAACGGCUGUGAUGAAGAUGUCUACGUACCAACCAUUCCUCAGAGGUCCACAAUAUCUGAGCUUUUACUGGAAUGUGUAGAAGAGGAGCUGGAGCCGUGGCAGAAACACACUUUACAUGUUAACGUGAAAGAAGAGGAUGAUGUUGGAGAGUUGAGUGAUGACAAAACGGACAUUAAGCCAGAGCCUUCAUCUCUUCAGGGCUGGUCAUCUGUUGAAGGUGUUGUCUACACUUCUGAGGUGCAUCAAAUCAGCAACAAGCCCGUGCCUGUAUCCAGUGUCCUGAGUCCUGAAGUAUAUUCAACAUCAACCAAUCAUCUGCAGUCAGACAACUCACAGACCCUCUCUGUACCUUUUUCUCUGCCGUGCUUUACCGUACUUAAAGUUGAAUCAACUGGCACAUCAAACAAACAUUAGUAAGUUUACAGGUUAUUAUAAUUAAACACAAUUUGUUGUCUAACAUAAAUGUGUCAUAUCCAGUGUACAAAUGAAUAACAUGCAGAUUAGUUGCACAUCUAAGUGACUUUGUUAGCUCUAUAAUGGGGAACCCUGCACAGCACCUGUUUCCUCAUUUUCAAAGUCCAAAUAAAAUAAACUCCAUUUAGUUCAACUUUGAUACCGGCCUGUCAGCUACAUUCCACGUCAAAGAUUGUAAUAGUGUAAUAUUUGUAAUAUUGUGUACAGUAAAAUAAAUUCUUAAAUCAAAACCCA